UCACUCGAAAACUAUAUGUGGUUUUUUUGGUAGUUGUCUGCUGAGGAAGGUUUCUGUUUCUGUUCAUUUCCAAAAUUAAAAUGUCGGGUCGAGGGGGUAAAAAAAGGAGCAAAGCAACGUCUAGAUCUGCUAAAGCUGGGGUUUUAUUUCCAGUUGGUCGAUUUCAUCGUUAUUUGAGAAAUGGAACUCAUCAUCAACGAAUAGGCGCUGGAGCGCCGGUUUAUAUGGCAGCCGUAAUUGAGUACCUUACUGCUGAAAUCCUUGAACUGGCUGGUAAUGCUGCAAGAGAUAACAAAAAGGGUAGAGUCACUCCCCGUCAUAUUCUUUUGGCUGUGGCCAAUGAUGAAGAACUUCACUUGUUGCUGAAAAAUGUCACUAUUGCUUCAGGUGGUGUUUUGCCCAGAAUUGAACCAGAAUUAUUGGCAAAGAAAAAGGGCCGCUUUGUGACUAUGCCUUCACCUAGAUCAGGUCCACCUUCUCCCGCCCCUCUAACAACAACUAAAAAAGCUAAGCCAGUUUAUACAGGCCCAAAGAAGAUUCCCCGAAAAGCUGCAGCUGCUGCUGCCGCAAAAGGAAAGGGAAAAGGAAAGGCCAGCAAAGAUCUCCCUAAUUCUCUUAGUAAAGAAAGUGGUGGAAUUACAGUACUCUCUGAAAAAAAGCUUUUCCUUGGACAAAAGUUAACUGUGAUACAAGGUGAUAUCAUCAAUGUAACAGCUGAUGCUGUUCUUCAUCCUACAAAUGCAUCAUUACAUAUGAACAGUGAUGUGGGUCAAGCAUUAGAAAAGGCUGGUGGAAAAGAAUUUCAGCUAGAAAUCAAAGAUAUUUUAACUUGCAAUGGACAGCUUGAUGUUGCUAGUGCUGUGAUUUCACCUGGACAUAACUUUCCUGCUAAGUAUGUCAUUCAUUGUCAUAUACCACCCUAUGGAUCAUCUAAUGCUACAGAAAUGAUGGAAAAGGCUGUUAAAAAUGUAUUGUCUUUAGCUGAUGAAAAGAACUUAAAAUCCAUUGCUAUUCCUUCAAUAAGUUCUGGAAGCUCUGCCUUUCCUAAGCAACAAGCUGCUCAGAUCAUCCUCAAAGGAAUCUCAAAUUAUUUUGUAAACAUCCUGUCCAGCUCUUUAAAACAAAUAUUUUUUGUUCUUCAUGACAUGGAAAGCAUUGGGAUUUACACAAGUGAACUUGCCAAGUUAGAUUCAUAGUGAGAUUAAAGCACUGCCUUGUCAUAACCAUUCACAUUGAUGAAAGGAAGCAGAGAAAUGAACAUAUUUCAGUGGACCAGAUAAAUUUGGUGUCUCAUUUUCUAUGGCUUGUGUAUUUUUUAAAACUUGCAAUGUAUCCAUUUAGUGCAUAAAGGCUGAGUGACCAUAUUCACUUCAACUGGCUUUGUGUCCAUGCUGAUUGUGCAUACUUUAUUUUCAUCAGAUUUUGUUCCCACCAUAUUAAAUAGAUGAUGCAGAAAUCUUGUCCACUUCCAGUGCUACAUUAUAUUAUUUUUAGUGAUAUGAAACCUAAAAAGAAUUUUGUCUUCCAAAUGGAGAAAUAAGAGAUACUUUUUUGUUUCCAUUGUUUUGCCAUGUUUGACAACCUUGAUCUAUUGCUUUUUCAAAAAUGUGUUGAAUAUAGAUAAAACAAAAUUAAUGUCACCUUUGAAAUUGAAUACAAGCUCAUAAAUAUUCAUGUCAGUGAAAUAACUUAUGUUUUUGAAAUCUUAACUAUGUUUUGUAAAACUUACCAUAAACAAACUAUCUUUAUGUCUGAAAAAAAAACUAUCUUUAUUAAUGCUUUUUUAAAAAUAUAUUUUUUAUAUUCCUUUAGGUAGGAAGAAGCUUAGUUUUCUUGCCAUAGAAUCUGGCAAUUAUAUUUGGUUUGUGGUUAUUGGGUGGGUUUUCAUUCAUUUUUUGCUUUUAUCUAUAAAUAUAGAAAAUGCUAAAAGAAGAAAUUACACUAUUUAAUUUUUACCAUUUCUAUUUUUUUUAAAUGCCGAUUUCAUCUUAGUACUUGGAAAAAUAUGUUUAAGUUUUAUGGAAUAUGUGGAACAAAUUACAUACAAAACAUACAUACAAAAUUCUACGAUACACUUCCUUUAAAAAUAUGGACAUUUUAAGUCUUUUUUUUUAUUGUAGU